AUGUGCAUCCGAAACUUCAUCAAUCGGCGCGGGACCCCGAGAGAAAUUUACAGCGACAAUGGCACUAACUUCAAAGCUGCUGAAAAGAUUAUCUGUGACAAAGCGCAGACGAUCAACUUCAACGCCGUGCAACCGGCGUUCGAUGACAUCAAAUGGAAAUUUAAUCCACCAGCCGCUCCUCAUAUGAGGGAAGCAUGGGAGCGACUUGUUCGUUCCGUCAAGACUGUACUCUACGCAAUCUGCCCAGCGAGAAAAUUCACCAGUGAGGGCCUACAAAGCGCACUCUGGGAAGUGGAAUUUAUCCUAAAUUCCAGACCCCUUACCUUUGUCUCUCUGGACAGCAAAGACGACGAGGCUAUCACACCUAACCAUCUACUACUAGGAUCAGCAAGCGGCUAUAAGCCAGUCUUCGAAACCACACACACCGUACAGCACAUGUGGCAAGCUGUACAAGAAUUCGCCGAUCAAUUCUGGCGACGAUGGGUACGCUAUACUUCCAGAUUUAGCCAGGCGAGGAAAAUGGUUUACGCAGAGACCACCAAUACAGGCUGCCCCCCGAAAUAG